AUGGCCGUGCGAAGGCGGUCGGGCCCCGGCGUACUGCCGCGGCACUCGGGCCUCGGUGAUAGCCCCAAGUCUCGCAUUCUCCUGGCAUCCACCUCGGUCACUGAUAAAGAUAGUGAGCAGGGAAGGUCCCCGAAUAGACUUUUGAGGGAACUCUACUUCUGGGGACAGCUGGGCUUUGUAGUCAGGCAUGUUAACAGUACAACGUGGUGGCAUGAGCAUCUCUCUGAAGAGAAUUUGCAAUUCCUCAAGAAGAUAACUGCGGAGGAAAUCAAAGCUCAGACAGCCAGCAAGCUGUGCCCUCUGAAAGAUGAGCCGUGGCCACUGAAUGAGUGGAAACCAGAUUCCGUCAGAGUUGGUGUUGUUGCAGUGAAACUGGGAAUGAUGCCGAUAUGGACCAAGUCAGGAAAAAAACAUGCUGUCACGCUACUUAAGGUGCAAGAUUGCCAUGUUUUAAGAUAUGUUUCAAAGGAAGAGUCGGGUGGAAAAACAUCUAAGCUGCUUGUUGGAGGCAAAAACGCAUCUCCUUUUUUUAAAUCAAAGUCUGCAAUGGAAAUUUUUGAAGAAGCUGGAGUACCACGGAAGCAGAAAGUUACAACAUUUAAUGUAACAGAUGAUGCCAUAAUUAAACCGGGUACUCCUUUGUAUGCUGCUCACUUCCGCCCAGGGCAGUUCGUGGACGUUACUGCAAAAACAAUUGGUAAAGGGUUUCAAGGUGUCAUGAAAAGGUGGGGAUUUAAAGGCCAGCCCGCGAGCCACGGCCAGACAAAAACUCACAGACGUCCUGGAGCAUUAUCUACCAAUAAAGCUUCCAAAGUUUAUCGCGGAAAGAAAAUGCCUGGUAAAAUGGGUAACAUCUAUAGGACGUCUUUGGGAUUAAAGGUGUGGAGGAUCAACACAAAACAUAACAUUAUUUAUGUAAAUGGAUCUGUUCCAGGUCACACAAAUUGUCUGGUAAAG